UUGGGUUCGGAGGAUGUGUGGCUUCUGGGGGGAGCGGGUUCUCUGAAUAAAGCCUCUCUGAACGUGGAGUCUGGGAAGAGUGAACCCUGAGAGUUAAUUGAAGGAACCAAAGGGGUCGUGGGGGAGGAUGAAGAAGAAAGGAGCAGAUGGCGGACCCAUUCAAAAGGGCUACCAGCCCGGAAUCGUGUCGCCGUUUAAACGGGUUUUCCUGAAAGGAGAAAAGGGCCGGGAUAAGAAGGCCCAGGAGAAGGUGACCGAGAGACGCCCCCUCCACACGGUGCUGCUGUCUCUGCCGGAUCGCGUGGACCCCGAGAUCCUGCUGAACGACUUUAUUGAAAAGGAAGUGAAGUACUUGGGCCAAUUAACAUCCGUUCCAGGGUACCUGAACCCCUCCAGCCGGACGGAAAUUCUGCAUUUAAUAGACAACGCUAAGAGGGCUCACCAGCUCCCCGGCCACCUGACCCAGGAGCACGAUGCUGUGAUCAGUCUCUCGGCCUACAACGUCAAGUUGGUGUGGCGGGACGGCGAGGACAUCAUCGUCCGGGUCCCCAUCCACGACAUCGCCGCCGUCUCCUACAUCCGGGACGACUCCUUACACCUGGUCGUGCUGAAAACAGCCCAGGACCCGGGCCUCUCCCCCAGCCAGAGCCUGAGCGCGGACAGCUCCAAAGCCCUGACCUCGGGCUCCCUGACCUCAGAGGGCGGAGCGGUGCCCGUCGAAGCCUGUUGCUUGGUAAUCCUGGCCGCCGAGACCAAAGCAGCCGCGGAGGAUCUCUGCUCCCUGCUCAGCCAAGUCUUCCAGAUUGUUUACACGGAGUCCACCAUAGACUUCUUGGACCGAGCAAUAUUCGACGGGGCCUCCACCCCGACGCGGCACAUGUCGCUGCACAGCGACGACUCUCUGACGAAAGUGGAUGGGAAAGAAACGUACGAAACCGAAGCAAGCACUUUCUCCUUCCCGGAAUCGCUGGACGCGGCCGGCCACUCGCCCUCGUCCUUCUCGGCUCAGCCGGCCCCCCACGUCAAGACGGUCAGCGAGAGCGAGCUGAGCACCACGGCCGCGGAGCUGCUGCAGGACUACAUGAUGACCCUGAGAACCAAGCUGUCUUCCCAGGAGAUCCAACAGUUCGCCAUGCUGCUCCACGAGUACCGCAACGGGGCCUCCAUCCACGAGUUCUGCAUCAAUCUGCGGCAGCUCUACGGCGACAGCAGGAAGUUCCUGUUGCUAGGUCUCAGGCCCUUCAUCCCGGAGAAGGACAGCCAGCAUUUCGAGAACUUCCUGGAGACGAUCGGGGUGAAGGACGGGCGGGGCAUCAUCACGGACAGCUUCGGGCGGUACCGGCGGGCCAUGAGCACCGCCUCCAACUCCACCAGCAACGGCAACGGGGCCACGGGCAGCUCGGACGACCAGUCGGCCCCCUCAGAGGGCGACGAGUGGGACCGCAUGAUCUCGGACAUCAGCAACGACAUCGAGGCGCUGGGCUGCAGCAUGGAUCAGGACUCCUCGUGAGGAAGGGCCCGCCGGGGGGGACCGGGACUCGCCUCCCGCCCCCCGUCCCCGUCCGUCGCGGGCCCCCGGGGGGCCGGCCCC